CCGAGGAGCAGGAAGCGGCCUCGAAGGCGGCCGCCGCCUUCCUGCCAUCCCCCCCCGUCCCCCCCACCCCGCGCCCUCGAGGCUGCGUCAGGGCCCCGGGGCCGCCGCGCUUCCUCCCCGGGGGCCGCUUCCGCCCGCCGCCCCCCGCCGCUGCCGCUCGGGCCAUGGGCAGGGUCUGACCCCGCCGCCGGGGGGGUCCGCGCCGCCUCCAUGUCGCUGGCGCUGAAGGCCCGGCAGAAGGUGAGGCGCAAGGGCGGCUCCAAGGAGCGGGUGUUCGGCUGCGACCUCCUGGAGCAUCUCCAGCAGACGGGGCAGGACGUGCCCCAGGUGCUGAGGAGCUGCACCGAGUUCGUGGAGCAGCACGGGGUGGUGGAUGGCAUCUACCGCCUCUCGGGCAUCUCCUCCAACAUCCAGCGGCUGCGGCAGGAGUUCGACAGCGACCGCUGCCCCGACCUGCAGAAGGACGUCUACCUGCAGGACAUCCACUGCGUCAGCUCGCUCUGCAAGGCGUACUUCCGCGAGCUCCCCAACCCCCUCCUCACCUACCAGCUCUACGACAAAUUUGCCGACGCGGUGGCCAUCCAGAUGGAAGAGGCUCGUCUGGUGAAGAUCAAGGAGGUGCUGAAGGAGCUGCCGGCGCCCCACUAUAGGACGCUGCAGUUCCUGAUGAGGCACCUCCUGCUCAUGGCGUCCUACAGCAGCCAGACCAACAUGCACGCCAGGAACCUGGCCAUCGUCUGGGCGCCCAACCUGCUGCGGUCAAAGGACAUCGAGGCGACGGGGUUCAACGGCACGGCGGCGUUCAUGGAGGUGCGCGUCCAGUCCAUCGUGGUGGAGUUCAUCCUCACCCACGUCGAGCAGCUCUUCGGGGACGCCCCGCUCCGCGGCAGCGAGCCCCCCCGGCGGUCCCUGCUGCUGGGCGGGGGGGGGCCGGGGGCCGGGCAGCCCCCGCCGUUCCACGUGCCGGCCACGCUCAGCCAGGGCGACGGGCCCCCCCCCAUCCGGCCCUACCACACCAUCAUCGAGCUCAGCGACCACAGGAGGAAGGGCUCCCUCAAGGCAAAGAAGUGGAGAUCCAUCUUCAACCUGGGCCGCUCCAGCCACGAGGCCAAGCGCAAGCUGGUGAAGGCGGAGGAGAAAGAUGACAAGUGCGGUAAAAUCAGCUUGCGGCCAGCCAAGAGCAUGGACUCGCUCAGCUCCGUCCCCUUCGCCGGUGACGACGACCCUCAGCUGAACAAGAAGCGGGCGGUGAAGCAGCCGCCGCAGCGCCGGGAGAGCUUCGACACCUGCCCCUCGCCACCCGAGAGCUGCCCCGAGCUGGACGAGAGCCUGGAGGAGAAGCUGAGGGGGAGGGAGGAGCCGCGGGGCCCCGAGUCGGAGGGCGAAAGCAGCACCAAGUCGGAGCCCACCACCCCCAAAGCCGGGCGGGCCUCGCUGGUGGCCCCCGGCCGCUCGCCCAAGGCCGCCCGCAGCCGUGCCGAGAAGUGCGCGGGGGUCCACAUCUCCGGCCCCUUCUCCGUCACCGUCCCCUUCCACAUCACCUCCAACCUCUCCCGCCUGACGCGGGGGCUGCCGUGCCCAGUGCUGGCCCAGGGGCCCCCGGGCAGGGAGCCGCCCGGCAGCCCCCCGCCGCCCGCCGCCGGCCCCGAGGUGCCCCAGCAGCGCACCGGUGCGGGGCGGCUGCCGGCAGCGGGACCCCCGGGGUGCCGGCGGGCUCAGGGCCCCCCGGGUCCCUCCGCAGGGCAGGGCACGGCGGACGCGGAGCAGACGCGGCUCUCCCUGGAGCUGCGGGACUCCUUCGCCUUCCUGGACAGCCCCGAGACGUGGCUGGAGGGCGGCGGGGACGGGGAGCCGGCGGGGUGGUCCCCGCUGCCAGCCGGCGGCCCGGGGGACGGCGAGGGGUUCCCGGCCGUGGAGGAGGGGAUGGACAGCGGGUUCAUGAACCCGGGGGAGCCCCCCGCGGAGCAGCCCGCCAGCUACCUCUCCAUCGAGGAGUGCAUGGACGAGGAGAUGUUCUACAUGGCUCCCGGCGGCUCUGACGCCGAGGACCACGCCGGGGACACCGACUCGGACGACAUGUUCCUCAGCGCCCACGACGAGCUCAGCCCGCUGGCGGCGGCGCUGGAGCCCCCCGGCCGGCCGCCGGGCGAGGGUACGGCCCCGGAGACCCCGGCCCCCACCGGCACCACCGUGCCGCAGGACAGGUCUGCAACGCCGGGGCCGGCAGAGCCGCGCCCCACGGAGGAGGGUGCUCCGGGGGAAGGGGAGCACCCCGGGGACCCCGCUGGGGCGUCGGCAGAGCGGGGGGCGCCGGGCACCGGGCAGCCCACGGGAGAGGGGGGUGGAGGGGAGGGGGCCGUGGGCGGCAGCCCCGGCCCCGGCAGGACUGACUCCAGCGCCGCAGCCGGGCCGGGGAGCGAGGCCGGGGCAGCCGGGAGCCAUGCGGGAGCGGGGCCGGUUCCCGACCUGUCGGAGGGGGAAGGUGAAGAGGAUGGAGCUGGCUCCGGCCCCCUCGCCCCAGAGGGGCCUGGGGAGGGCGAACCCCAGCCUUCACCGGGGACCCCACCAGCCUCCUCACCGGAGGAGGCCCCCCAGGAGCCAGCAGAGCCCCCUGUCCCCGAGGUUGUCCCUGAGAUUGUCCCUGAGGUUGUCCCCAGGUCUGUCCCUGAGGUUGUCCCCGAGGUUGUCCCUGAGGUUAACCCCGAGGUUGACCCCGAGGUUGUCCCCGGGGUUGUCCCCGGGGUUGUCCCCGAGGUUGUCCCUGAGGUUGUCCCCGAGGUUGUCCCCGGGGUUGACCCCGAGGUUGUCCCCGAGGUUGACCCUGGGGUUGUCCCUGAGGUUGUCCCCGAGGUUGUCCCCAAGGUUGACCCCGGGGUUGACUCCGAGGUUGACCCCGAGGUUGUCCCCAGGUUGUCCCCAGGUCUGUCCCCGAGGUUGUCCCCGAGGCUCUCCUGCCAUCUGCGGCAAGUGCAGAGGGGCCCGGUGCCCACCCUGGCAGCGGCCCCGGUUCUCCCCCGCUCUCCGCCUCAGCCCCGGAGCUGCACGGCGCUCUCCCCGACACCCCGGAGCCGAGCCGGGCCGAUCCCCGCGGGGAGCCGGGGCACCCCGAGCCCGUGGCCGUGCUGCGCCGCGACGGCAGUGCCCCGGUGCGCCUGGCCGCCCGCACCGUCAGGAGCUGGUGGCAUCUCCAGGGCUGGUGGCACCUCCAGGGGCUGGUGGCACCUCCGGGGGUUGGUGGCACCUCCGGGGACUGGUGACACCUCUGGGGGCUGGUGGCACCUCUGGGAGUUGGUGGCAUCUCCAGGGCUGGUGGCACCUCCAGAGCUGGUGGCAUCUCCAGGGCUGGUGGCACCUCCAGAGCUGGUGGCAUCUCCGGGGGCUGGUGGCAUCUCCAGGGCUGGUGGCACCUCCAGGGCUGGUGGCACCUCUGGGAGUUGGUGGCAUCUCCAGGGUUGGUGGCAUCCCCAGGGGUUGGUGGCACCUCCGGGGCUGGUGGCACCUCCAGGGCUGGUGGCAUCUCCGGGGGCUGGUGGCACCUCCAGGGCUGGUGGCACCUCCAGGGCUGGUGGCACCUCUGGGGCUGGUGACACCUCCAGGGCUGGUGGCAUCUCCGGGGCUGGUGGCACCUCCAGGGCUGGUGGCACCUCCAGGGGUUGUUGGCACCUUCGGGGGCUGGUGGCACCUCCAGGGGCUGGUGGCACCUCCAGGGCUGGUGGCACCUCCGGGGCUGGUGGCAUCUCCAGGGCUGGUGGCACCUCCAGGGCUGGUGGCACCUCCGGCGGCAUCGGCGGCGUCCCGGCGGGCGCUCAGACGUUGCUGAUGCGGACGCUCAGGGGUGCUCCCUCCCGCUCCCGCUCCGCCGCCUCCCGCAGCGACUCCUCCAGCUUCACCUUCUCGGGGUCCCCAAACCGGACGGUCUCGUGGAGACAACAGGGCGCCGUCACCUUCACCACCUGGUCGAAGAGGCUGAAGUCGGCCACGUACUUGCCGCUGGCCGAGAGGGAGAUGGCCGGGGUGAACUCGUAGCCCCAGAGGAUCUCCUC